AUGUCAACACCUGAAGAUGUUAAGAGCUGCUUUGAAUCAGCAAGAAGAUAUCAGAAAAAUUCUCCCAACUCCAUUGCUGUGGUUCUUUUGAACGAGGUUGGACUCUUAGAACAUUCACCCUCUCAUCCAUUGAAGGUGGUGAACAAGGAACUUGAUGAGGAAAGCUCAACUUAUGCUCCCUCUGUUAUUGGGCUUUCGAAUUGGACGUUAGAUCCAAAUCUCAUUAACAGAGCAGUUUAUUUGUCAAGACCAGCUCCCUCCACUUUCGAGUUGAAAACAACGCUUUCUGGCAUUGUCAACUCUGUACAUUUGGAUAGUAGCUUAUUUUCGUUAGCUAAGGCUUUCCAUGAUGUUUACAACAGCCAACAAAGAAAAGACUUCUUUGGAUUAAGAGACUUUUAUCACUGUGUGAAAUUCAUCAACCGGAAUUUUGAUUUAGGUGCUUUGACACCAGAACUUUUAACUGAUGCUUUAGCUCGUAAUUUUGGUGGCUCCAGUAAUGUGAAGAAUUUCACACCAUCCUUAAUAUUUUCUUUUCAUGUGUGGGAAUGA